UACCCACUAGUAAUCUACAGCCUCUCUCUGUCUCUCUCUCUUAAUUGUUCCUUCAAAAUCUCAAACCCUUAAGUCUCUCCCUCUCCGUCUCUCCAUCUCCAUCUCCAUCUCAAUAUUUUCUGUUCGUGUUUGUGAAACUACAUGUAUAUAUAUGGUAGUUGAAAAUUGAAGGAUUUUAGCAGGUGAAGUAAUGAAAGCUCCAAACAUGGCUACGAUCACUGCAUCUUUAGAGAGGUCUCUUCAAAACUGUUCUCUAAAUCAUCAUCAUCAUCGUCAUCAUCAACAGCAGCGGCAGCGGCAGCGGCAGAGUAGGGGAGUUUUAGGGGAAAGAGGAGAGAGGUCGUCGAGCUCAGAUGAUGUAGAAGCAGAAGCAGAUGCAGAAGCACCACAACUGCCUGAGCAAAAUCAUCUUCUUCCUAACUCUGACACCACCUUGGAGCUCAACUCUCAUCUCUCUCUCCCUUACCAUUGGGAACAAUGCCUCGAUUUAAAGACAGGGGAGAUUUACUACAUAAACUGGAGGAAUGGAAUGAAAGCCAAAGAAGAUCCAAGGCUAACACAAGAAUACAGUGGUGAUUUCUACUCAGAAGAUGACAGUUCAUAUGACAGUGAGGAGUCAUCUUCAGAAUCAUCUCCUCCAUCUUCCUCAAGAGAGCAUUAUAGGGUGCAGAAAGAAGACCAUGUCCUGGUUGUCGCCGGUUGCAAAAGCUGUCUCAUGUACUUCAUGGUCCCAAAACAGGUUGAAGAUUGCCCCAAAUGUAAUGGCCAACUUCUCCAUUUUGAUAGAUCUGAAAAUGGCUCUCCAUGAAUCGGUUUGCCCUUAAAUUAAUUUCUAUGGUUCUAGUUUUCAAUUCAAACAAACUACUUUGUGCUUAAUUUUGAAUUAUUUAUUUUCU